UUCCCCUCCUUUCCCUUCUCUUUUUCCUCUUUCUCUUCCCCCCCCCUCCGCCUCCGCCUCCUCCUCCUCCGCCGCAGCCGCCGCCGAGCUAAUCGACGAAUCUCGUAAUCCGUAAUGGUGUCUUCCGACCCCGCUGCCAGUAGCGGCAGCAAAGACGAGAAGGAUGUCGGCCUCCCGAGUUACUCGAGCCCGUCCCUUAACCAGGCAGAAGGUGCUCAGAGGUCUGACAAAUGGGCUACCCGCAACGGUCUGAAUCUGGAGUCCUUUAAGAAGCGCGACUACGGCGCCGGAGUUGUCGAGCUCGACCGAAGUAUGAAACCCCGGCAUCUGCACAUGAUCGCUAUCGGAGGUUCGAUUGGAGCUGGUUUCUUCGUCGGUUCGGGUAGCGCUUUAGCCACGGGUGGCCCUGCCACUCUCUUGAUCGACUUCUUGAUUAUUGGUGUGAUGAUGUUCAACGUCGUCUAUGCUCUUGGUGAGCUGGCUGUCAUGUACCCUGUCUCUGGUGGUUUCUACACGUAUGCGACUCGCUUUAUCGAUCCUUCAUGGGGUUUCGCUAUGGGCUGGAAUUACGUCCUGCAAUGGGCCGUCGUCGUUCCGCUUGAGUUGACAGUGUGCGCCAUCUCGAUCUCGUAUUGGAACGCGGAAAUAAGCUCUGGGGUCUGGAUCACUGUCUUCUACGUCUUUAUCAUCAUAGUCAACAUAUUCGGCACUCUAGGUUAUGCCGAGGAAGAGUUCUGGGCCUCGAUAUUGAAGCUCUCGGCCACGGUCAUCUUCAUGGUCAUCUCCUUGGUUUGUGUCCUCGGAGGUGGUCCCGAAGGAGGUUGGUAUGACAAUUAUUAUGGCGCGCGUCUCUGGUACGAUCCCGGUGCGUUCCGUCACGGUUUCCGUGGCUUCUGCGCCGUCUUUGUCACCGCCGCCUUUUCUUUCAGCGGGACCGAGUUGGUUGGUCUCGCUGCCGCCGAGGCGAAAAACCCGGCCAAGGCUCUUCCCGGUGCCAUCAAACAAGUCUUCUGGCGUAUCACCCUCUUUUAUAUCCUCGGUCUUACAUUUGUCGGUCUUCUAAUUCCUAGUAAUGACCCUCAUCUCUUGAACGCCACCAGCUCCAACGAUGUUACCGCCUCGCCUUUCGUCCUAGUCGGACAGUAUGCCGGCCUUACCGGGUUCAACCACUUCAUGAACUUCAUUAUCCUAGUCUCGGUCGUGUCCAUCGGUGUAUCAGGUGUUUACGGUGGAAGCCGCACUCUCACGGCCCUCGCUCAACAGGGCUAUGCGCCCAAGAUUUUCUCCUACGUAGACCGCGGCGGACGUCCUACAUUUUCCGUUGGCGCACUUCUCGCUUUCGGACUGCUGGCCUACCUCAACCUGGCCGCUGCUGGCCCGGAUAUUUUCGACUGGCUCUUGGCCUUGUCAGGUCUAGCCGCCCUCUUUACCUGGGGUUCUAUCUGCCUGUCGCACAUCCGAUUCCGAAAAGCUUGGGCAUAUCACGGCCACACCCUCGACGAAAUCCCCUUCAAAGCGAUCGGUGGUGUUUGGGGAUCGUGGCUCGGAUUAAUUUUGAUCAUCUUGGUAUUAAUUGCCCAGUUUUUCGUCGCGAUCUGUCCUCCCGAGGGUGGCUUCAACGACGCUGCAGGUUUCUUCCAAUCUUACCUCGCGCUUCCCGUCGUUAUCUUGUUCUGGGUCGUAGGUUACGCAUGGAAGCGCACCGGCUGGCUCCGCACACACCAGAUCGAUGUGGACACCGGUCGGCGAGAAGUUGACUGGGAUGAGAUCAAUGAAUAUCGUGCACGGAUUGCCGCAAAGCCUGCCUGGAGUCGCUUAUACCAUUUAUUGUUUUAAUUCGAAAAGCGAUACAAGGGGGAUGUUCUUGUCGAGGUCGUAUCUUUCCUAUGCGAUACUCGGCUAAGCAUCGUGUAUAUAUGAACAUAGAAAACCUGAGAAGAUAUAUGCGUGACUAAUACGCUAUUUCGUCGGCCCAGAGGUCGUGAUACGCUACGGCCGGUUACGUGUAGAAAUGCCUGGAUGAGAAGUGAUAGAACCCGAAUGGCGAGCGGAGACGUAUUUCUAUCAGCAUGAGAAGGUCCUUGAGGACGAGUCGCGCCCUUUAGUUUACAA